GCCAAAGUUUUUGCUUUUGCAAAAGAGUAGCCUCUCCAUUUUCUCGGCUUCAGUAUUUUUCUUUUACCAUGUCCCAACGCUCCAACUUCCGAGGCGGCCGCCGCGGUGGCAGUGCUCCAGGACGCGGCGGUGGUGGCAAUGCUUCUGGCCGCGGUGGAGGGCGCCGGGGAGGCGGCGGAGGGCGCGGCGAGCAACGCUGGUGGGAUCCUGUCUGGCGAGCAGAGCGCCUGCGACAGAAGGAUGCUGAGAUGGAAGUUCUGGAUGAGAAUGAAUGGUGGGGUAAGAUUGAGCAAAUGAAAGAAGGAAGGGAGCAAGAGAUGAUAAUAAAGCGGAAUUUCAGUAGGCAGGACCAGCAAACUCUCUCUGACAUGGCUUAUCAAUUGGGUCUUUACUUUCAUGCAUAUAAUAAAGGGAAGGCUCUUGUGGUGAGCAAAGUUCCAUUACCAAAUUAUCGUGCAGAUCUUGAUGAACGCCAUGGGUCCACACAAAAAGAGAUUCAAAUGUCUAGCGAAACUGAGAGGAGAGUUGGAAAUCUUUUGGAUAGCUCAAGCAGCAGAGUAUCUGCUAAUGAUUCUGUUAUUGUGGCACCCGGUAAGGAAGCCAAACAACCAUUGCCGAAUUUAAUAAUGAUGAAUCCUCUCUCCACAUUGAAAAUUGAUUCUGCCAAGGAGAAACUCAGUGCUGAACUUAAGCAGAGGCAGGAAGAUUUGAAGGCAAGUAAGAGUGUGAAGGCAAUGCAGUCAUUCAGAGAAAAACUUCCUGCAUUCAAAGUUAAAGCUGACUUUUUGAAAGCUGUUGCUGAGAAUCAGGUUUUGGUAGUUUCAGGAGAAACGGGCUGUGGUAAAACAACACAGCUUCCUCAAUUUAUUUUGGAAGAGGAAAUAUCAUCUUUGUGUGGAGCUGAUUGCAGCAUAAUAUGCACGCAACCCCGUCGAAUAUCUGCCUUAUCUGUUGCAGCUCGAAUAUCCUCUGAAAGGGGAGAAAGUCUGGGUGAAACUGUUGGUUAUCAGAUUCGCCUCGAAUCUAGGCGCUCUGCUCAAACACGCCUUCUGUUUUGCACAACUGGAGUAUUACUCAGACAGUUGGUUCAGGACCCAUAUUUAAAUGGUGUGAGCCAUUUGCUAGUGGACGAAAUUCAUGAAAGAGGCAUGAAUGAAGAUUUUCUGUUAAUAAUUUUGCGUGAUCUUCUCCCUAAGCGUCCAGACUUUCGUCUUAUCUUGAUGAGUGCCACCAUAAAUGCUGAUUUGUUCUCCAAAUACUUUGGAAGUGCCCCCACCAUUCAUAUACCGGGGAUGACUUAUCCUGUAACAGAGCUAUUUCUGGAAGAUGUCCUGGAGAAAACUCAUUAUAAAAUUACAUCAGAGUUAGACAACUUUCAAGGGAAUUCAAGAAGAAGAAAAAAGGAAUUAGAUUUGAAGAAAGAUCAGCUAAUGACGUUAUUUGAGGAUGUUGAUAUUGACACUCAGUAUAAGAAUUACAGUGCAUCUACCAGGCAUUCGCUGGAAGCAUGGUCAGGUUCACAGCUGGAUUUGGGCCUGGUGGAGGCAACCAUUGAAUAUAUCUGUCAUCAUGAAGAUGAUGGAGCACUUCUUGUAUUCCUCACAGGCUGGGAUGAAAUCUCCAAGCUGCUUGACAAGAUGAAAGGAAACAGAUUUCUUGGUGAUCCUCGUAAGUUUCUAAUUCUGCCCCUACAUGGUUCAAUGCCCACCGUCAACCAGCAAGAAAUAUUUGAUCGUCCUCCUCCUGAAAAGCGAAAAAUUGUCUUGGCAACUAAUAUUGCGGAGAGUAGUAUUACGAUAGAUGACGUUGUGUAUGUUAUAGACUGUGGAAAGGCGAAGGAAACCAGCUAUGAUGCUCCAAACAAGUUGGCAUGUCUGUUACCAUCAUGGAUUUCAAAGGCUUCAGCACAUCAGAGACGUGGUCGUGCUGGCCGUGUGCAGCCUGGGGUUUGUUAUAGGCUUUAUCCAAAACUAAUCCAUGAUGCGUGGCGUCAGUAUCAAUUACCUGAAAUUCUCCGUACACCUUUGCAAGAGCUAUGCCUUCAUAUCAAAAGCUUGCAACUUGGUGCUGUAGGAUCAUUUUUAGCAAAGGCAAUUCAGCCACCAGAUCCUCUUUCUGUUCAAAAUGCCCUUGAACUCCUUAAGACAAUUGGAGCUUUAGAUGACAAUGAAGAACUUACUCCACUUGGUUGCCAUCUGUGCACUUUACCUUUGGAUCCCAACAUUGGAAAAAUGCUUCUAAUGGGGGCUAUUUUCCAAUGCCUCAAUCCAGCUCUGACUAUUGCAGCUGCUCUUACAUAUCGUGACCCAUUUGUCCUCCCAAUAAAUAGGAAAGAAGAAGCUGAUGAAGUGAAAAGAUCAUUUGCAGGUGAUUCUUGCAGUGACCACAUAGCACUUCUCAAAGCAUUUGAAGGAUACAAGGAUGCAAAACAUAAUGGAAAUGAGAGAGCAUUUUGUUGGGAAAAUUUUUUAUCCUCUGUAACCUUGCGGAUGAUAGAAGAUAUGAGAAAUCAGUUUCUGGAUCUACUAUCAGACAUAGGCUUUGUAGACAAAUCAAAGGGUGCUAGUGCUUACAACCAAUUCAGCGAUGAUCUGGAGAUGGUGUGUGCUAUCCUUUGUGCUGGGCUUUACCCAAAUGUUGUGCAAUGCAAAACAAGAGGAAAGCGAACAGCAUUCUACACCAAAGAAGUUGGGAAAGUUGACAUCCAUCCUGCUUCUGUCAAUGCAGGAGUUCAUCUCUUUCCUUUGCCGUACAUGGUUUAUAGUGAAAAGGUGAAAACUAGCAGCAUUUAUAUCCGAGACUCAACAAACAUAUCUGAUUUUGCAUUGCUGCUAUUUGGUGGGAGCCUCCUUCCUAGCAAAACCAGGGAGGGUAUAGAGAUGCUUGGAGGUUACCUUCACUUCUCUGCAUCAAAGAGUGUGUUAGAGUUAAUUUGGAAAUUACGAGGAGAACUUGACAAGCUUUUAAAGAGAAAGAUUGGGGAACCAGGAUUUGACAUUUCUGUGGAAGGGAAGGGAGUGGUUUCUGCUGUUGUUGAACUAUUGCACAGUCAAAAUCUACAGUACUGAGUUCUCCUCCCCUUCAGCAUUAGAACUUUCUGGAGAUAGGAGUUUGCCAUUCAUUUUUUCACCUCCUAUUAUUACAGUUGGAUGGGAUUUAGGAGUUCACUAUUCUUUUUUCUUUUUUGUUUUUACCCCCAGUUAGUGCAUAGCAGCCUGUAGACCUUAAGAUCCAAUUGUACUGUGAUAAUAUUUGUGUCCACACUCAGACACUGUUGAAUCGACCUUCAUAAAUAGAAGCAGACAAGCAGUUAAAUUUUAACUUAGAAAUUUAAUCAUGAAUUCAUAGGAUGAGGUAUCCAUCCUUACAAAUGUGGAAUUUAACAAUGUUUGAAGAAGUUUAUAAUACAACUGUUUCUAUCUU